GGAACCACCGUUCACACACAAAGCGGAACAUUCCAGAAGAAAGAGCAGAUCAUGUUCGUGUUCGUAGCUAGUUAGUGGCUAAAGAUAUACACGGACGUUUCACUGAUAGGCUGGAAAUAGAUAGCUAAGACCAACGGCCACACGGAAAUGCAGACAGAAACGAUUUACGUCUACGAGAAAGACUGGUUCUUGUUCUGAUUAAUGCGGGCAUUGAUAUUCACUAUGUCGGAAGCCAGUUGCUAUCGCUCAGUCACCGGGUCCCACACUACAGCAACCAGACCAAUCGGUGACACACAAAAUGUUGUUGGCUUGCAACGAAGAAUCAGGCAAUCGGCAUAAAAAGGACCUAAAUUCUUGCGCAUUUAAGAAACAUCCCCGGCAGCUGCGAUCAUCAUGGAUGGAAAUUCAGAUGGGAAUCGGGACCUGAAUGGAUCACAAAUAAACACAGAUAUGGAUCAUCCAAUUCUUCGACACUUCGACGACAUUCAAAUAUCCAACACAACGAAAUACUAUCAGAACCGGUUGGCACAAGCGAUGGAAAAUGGAGUUAAGGGUGUCAGCCAAUCUUUGAUAUACAACGGACACAUCACCGAUCAGGAACAUCAGACGAUCACCGAAACUGCAGACAGGGGGAACGAAGCAGAAAGUUCCAAAAUUGUCUUAAACCUGGUGAUGCAGAAAGGUGCUUUGGCCCAAAGAACGAUGUGGGAAUCCUUCGCAAUAAUGCGUAAUGCAGUGCCUAAACUGGACAGAAUAUUGAAAGAAGUGGAAGAACAUGGUCCUAUGCUUCCAAGUAUUGCAGCAAUCACAGAAGUAAUACAGAAAGUGCCCGAUCAUCUGAUCGUUGUUCAGAUUGAACACAAAGAAUUCAUCCGGGAGCUAAGUGAGAAACUUGAAUUGAAAACAAUCCUGACAUCGGAGAAGAUUGAGAUUGCGCAGCUGGGUGACCGAUAUACUGAACUGACAUUUAUUUCUCCAUUACGUCAGUGGAAGCUCGUGGAACACGAACUCUUGUCACGCGGGAAAGAACAUGAAGAAUGUCGAGAACAGCAUCUCCAGAGAGAAUUGGAAAAGAUACAAAUUGGCCAGUUAUUUCGGAGCAGUUUUACUAGGGAAAUGCGUUUGAUGGAGAGGUCAACUGGCGAUGCUGUGGUACUUAAUAAGGGGUGUUCAGCGGUUGCCUGUGGAGUCCCAGGCAUUGGUAAAACAACAUUGGUGCAGAAAAUAAUUCAUGAUUGGGCGACAGGAACCAUCUACCCAUACUUCCAAUUUGUUUUUAGUUUUAAAUUCCGCGACCUGAAUAGCAUAAGCAGCAAAGUGACGUUGAAAGAUUUGAUAAUAAAUUCCUAUCCUCACCUGGAGACAAUUCUGGAAGAGCUUUGGAAGAAUCCAACUGUUUUGUUGUUUAUCUUUGAUGGUUUUGAUGAAUUCAAUGGUUUUAUUGAUUUCACUGACAGAGGGGAAGUGACAAAGCCCAAACACAUUUGCUACGAUCCCGAGUGUCUGUGUGAAGUCCCUGAUAUCGUGUAUAGCUUAAUCCAGCGCAAGUUGCUCCCAGGAUGUUCAGUGCUGUUGACCACACGCCCGGCCUCACUAAAUUUACUAGAACAAGCAAACAUUAAUGUUUGGGUUGAAAUCCUGGGAUUUGUAGGUGAGCAAAGGAAGGAAUAUUUCAACCGUUUUUUUGAAGAUGGGGCGGUGGCAGAAGCUGUUUUCAAAUACGUGAAGGAGAACGAGAUCCUAUACACUAUGAGCUACAACCCCUCAUACUGCUGCAUCUUGGGACUUACACUGGGCCCUUUCUUCAUGCAUAAAGGUAGAGACCUGAAGCUAAUACCCAAGACAAUUACCCAACUGUAUUCCCACUAUGUUUAUAACACCUUGAAAAAACACAGCUCACAGACUAAGAAUGUUGGUGACGUGUUAUUGAGACUUGGUCAGAUGGCCCGCACCGGAGUGUCUGAGAAGAAAAUUGUGUUUCGAAAGGAAGAUUUGACGAAGCACAAUCUACAGCCUUCCCAGGUUUUGUCCGGGUUCCUGGUGGAACGUCUGGAGAAAGUUACCACUGGCACUCGGGUGGUGUACACCUUCCCGCACCUCACGAUCCAGGAGUUUGUAGCCGCACUCGCACUAUUCCUAUGUCCAUAUCCAGAGGAUAUCAAGAAACUCCUCACUGAAGCCCACAGCGAGAAAGAUGGGCGGUUUGAGGUAUUUCUCCGUUUCGUUGCUGGCCUCUCCUCCCCAGGAUCAUCUAAACCGCUGAUGGAGUUUGUGGAUCAAUUUCCUGAGGAAAGCAUCCACCAAGUGAUUGAUUGGGUGAAGGAGAACGUGGAUAAUCAGAUUGGAAGCUCGUGGAGUGAAAGGGGUAAAAGGAAUCUGUUAAACACAUUGCACUAUCUGUUUGAGUCUCAGAAUCCUGCAGUUGCACAAGUCACAUUGGGAUCAGUACCAAGACUUACAUUUGGAGAUGCGGAUGCAAAGAAGGCAUUAUCACUCACACCAAUUGACUGCGCAGUGCUUUCGCACGCCAUUAGACUCUGUCACACAAUAAACGAGCUUGAUCUUCGCAAUUGCUGCAUUCAAUACGAAGGGAUGCUGCGUCUUGAGGCGGAACUACACAAGUGCCAAGUUUUGAGGUUAGAAGGAAAUAACCUGGGAGAUUCUGGAAUAAAAAUACUGUCGAAGAUACUGACUGACUCCAAGUCAAAAACACAAACUGUCGGACUUGCAGAUAAUAAUCUUACACAUUGCUGUGCUGAAGAUCUGGUCUUGCUUACCACUGCAACCUCGCCGCUGAAGGAGCUGGAGCUGGGUUAUAACAAACUAGGGGAUUGCGGAGUAAAACGAUUGGCUGCGGCUCUGGGGCGCCGCGAGUGCAAACUACAAAAACUACGCCUGAAUAAGAAUGAUCUCACUUCUGCUUGUGCUGAGGACCUCGCCCGCGCUCUCUGCACAAAUCGCUCACUGACGGAGGUUGACUUGGGUGAUAAUGAACUUGGAGAUAUUGGAGUGGAGCUCGUGUUUGCCGCUCUGGUAGAGACGGAUUGUGCAAUACAGAAAUUGUGUCUGAAGAACAACGGUUUCACAUGUUCUCCAGCCGAGAAACUCGCUACCGUUCUUCGUAGCAGCCAUUCGCUGAAGGAACUGGACCUAGGUCAUAAUAAGCUGGGAGAUCGGGGAAUGAAACGACUGACUACGGCUCUGAGCGACUCAGACUGUCAAAUACAGGAACUGAAAGUAGAAGACAACGGCCUCACUGCCUCUUGUGCCGAGGACCUCGCCGCCGCUCUCUGUGCAACCCCCUCGCUGACUAAACUGGAAUUGGGUGAGAACUACUUGGGGGACUCAGGAGUAAAAGUGUUGUCUACAGCACUCAUGGAUCCCGAUUGUAAAAUACAGAAAUUGAGUCUGAACAACAACCAACUUACCGCCUCCAGUGCACGAGAUAUUGCCUCCACUCUGAAUGCAAACAUUUCGCUGACGCAACUGGAUCUCGGUGAGAAUACGCUGGGAGAUUCUGGAGUAAAAAUGUUGUCUGUGGCUAUCAGAGAUUCGGACUGUAACAUCCAGGAGUUGUGUCUACGUAGUAAUGGCCUCACAGCAUCUUGUGCUAAGGAUCUGGCGUCUGCUCUCAGUUCAUUGACCAAACUGUCACUGGGUGAUAAUAAACUGGGAGAUGCAGGGGUGGGCCAGCUGUCUGAAGCACUGAAGGACACAGAAUGUAACCUACAGAAACUGCGAUUGAAUAAUAAUGGUCUCACGCAGUCCUGUACCGAGGGUCUCGCAGCUGCCAUCACCACAAACGACUCUCUGACGGGGUUGUACCUGAAUGAUAAUAAAUUGGGAGAUUCUGGAAUGAAAGCGUUGAAUGCAGCCCUGGUGAACCCAGAAUGCAAAAUAAAGAAUCUAGGACUUGGCCACAUUGGGCUCACUGAUCCGGUCCGUGAUGAAUUCGUCAGCACUCUCAGUGCAGCUCGCGUAAUGAAGGUUGUCAGCCUGGAAACAAACUUGUCCUCAGACCAAUCUGGAACAUCUUUCUGCACGAGCAAUGAACAGAAGUCUGGAAUGGAUGCAAUGGGUCUUUCUUCUGAUCUUCAGCUGAACGUAUAGAAGUGCGUUUUGUAUCUCAUUCAUACGCAUCAUGACGCACCAUUGCAGCGGGUCUCCAAUUUACGGAUGUGAUCUAGCUUGAUGAAUAUCUGUGAUAUGCUUCAAAUUACAAUAGAAUUUAAACCUUCCUUUCAAAAUAGCAUAGAAGUAAAGAAGGUACUCCAAUUGCACCAUACAUCAGUGAACCAGCUCUGAGACAGCUACAUUUAGUUUACCGUGCCCUCCAUAAUGUUUGGGACAAAGACCCAUCAUUGAUUUUUUUGCCUCUGUACAUCACAAUUUGAGAUUUUUAAUAGAAAAAAAAACGUGGUUAAAUUGCAUAUUGUCAGAUUUUAAUAAAGACAAUUCUUAUACA